AUGAAGGCAGCAAGGAGGCCGAUCCAAGCUGCGGCGACGUGGGUUCGGCGGCAGCCGCCGAAGGUGAAGGCGUUUCUGGCGGUGGUCAGCGGCAUGGCGGCGCUUGUUCUCCUCCGCGCGAUUGUCCACGAUCACGAUAAUCUGUUUGUGGCGUCGGAGGCCGUUCACUCGAUCGGAAUUGCCGUGUUGAUCUACAAGCUGAUGAAGGAGAGGACUUGUGCUGGGCUUUCGCUCAAAUCCCAGGAGCUAACAGCUAUCUUUUUGGCUGUUAGGUUGUAUUGCAGUUUUGUCAUGGAAUACGAUAUCCACACUGUGCUGGACAUGGCUACUCUUGCUACAACCUUAUGGGUUAUUUAUAUGAUCCGUUUCAAACUGAGAUCAAGUUAUAUGGAAGAUAAAGACAAUAUUCCGUUGUAUUAUGUGGUGAUCCCUUGUGCUGUUAUUGCUUUACUAAUCCACCCAUCUACAUCACAUCACAUCAUCAACAGGAUAGCCUGGGCUUUCUGUGUUUACCUUGAAGCUGUUUCUGUUCUACCUCAACUUCGUGUCAUGCAAAACACAAAGAUUGUUGAACCUUUUACAGCUCAUUAUGUAUUUGCACUGGGUGUUGCCCGAUUCUUGAGCUGUGCUCACUGGGUUCUCCAGGUUUUAGACACACGAGGUCAUCUCCUCGUGGCAUUGGGCUAUGGUCUGUGGCCGUCGAUGGUUCUUUUAUCUGAAAUUGUUCAGACCUUUAUCCUAGCCGACUUUUGCUACUACUAUGUAAAAAGUGUUUUUGGGGGGCAGCUCGUUUUGCGUCUUCCUUCUGGAGUGGUGUAA